AAAAAAAAAUCCGAAACCGAGCGAAAAAAACCUGCGAGUGGGCCUGGCGGAUGGGAUUAUUAAAGCUUCGCUGGAGCCGCGGCUCGCCCUCCCACUCCGCCAGCCUCCGGGAGAGGAGCCUCGCCCGGCCGGCCCGGCCCCCAGCCCCAUGGACCUCCGAGCAGGGGACUCGUGGGGGAUGCUAGCUUGCCUGUGCACCGUGCUCUGGCACCUCCCUGCAGUGCCAGCCCUCAAUCGCACAGGGGACCCAGGGCCUGGUCCCUCCAUCCAGAAAACCUAUGACCUCACCCGCUACCUGGAGCACCAACUCCGCAGCUUGGCUGGGACCUAUCUGAACUACCUGGGCCCCCCUUUCAACGAGCCUGACUUCAACCCACCUCGGCUGGGGGCAGAGACUCUACCCAGGGCCACUGUCAACUUGGAAGUUUGGCGAAGCCUCAAUGACAAACUGCGGCUGACCCAGAACUACGAGGCCUAUAGCCACCUUCUGUGCCACUUGCGGGGCCUCAACCGCCAGGCUGCUGCAGCUGAGCUGCGCCGAAGCCUGGCCCACUUCUGUACCAGCCUCCAGGGCCUGCUGGGCAGCAUUGCGGGCGUCAUGGCAGCUCUGGGCUACCCGCUGCCCCAGCCUCUGCCCGGGACUGAGCCCACCUGGGCCCCUGGCCCUGCCCACAGUGACUUCCUCCAAAAGAUGGAUGACUUCUGGCUGUUGAAGGAGCUGCAGACCUGGCUGUGGCGCUCAGCCAAGGACUUCAACCGGCUCAAGAAGAAGAUGCAGCCUCCAGCAGCUGCAGUCACCCUGCACCUGGGGACCCAUGGCUUCUAAUCUUUGACCUUUACCACCUCCUCUUUCCCCUCCCCUUUCCAACCCUGCUCCCACUCUGGGAGGGAGAAACCUGUGUGCCAACACUUGUUGAGCCAGGAGACAGAAGCUGUGAGCCUCUGGCCCUUCCCAGACUUGGAAGAGGGCAUGAUGCAAUAAGACUCAUCCCCUCCCUACUUCGCAAAGUUCUGCAGGUCUGGGGAAGAGGUGCAAUAGGCCCCAUCCCAUUUCCACAGGAAGUAAUGCUCCAGGGAGCCCGAAGUGGUUCGGGUUGGUGUAAAGGCUCUCUCAGCCUCCUGCUUCCUGCCAACCACUUGCCAGUGCCCAACCAGCCCCUUAAGCGGCACUUGCAGGAAGCAUGCCUGUAGGGCAGGGAGGGGGCCACCGCAGCAUGUGCCUUUCUGGGGUGAAGCCCUUUGCUGCCUCACUCUCCUUAGAUGGGUGUUGCUCCCCUACCCCAAUUAACUCCAUACAUUCAAUUCAGGAAACAAGCACAGUGGCAAGUCCAAACAGGAAGAGAUGGUAUUAAAAAUGGAAGAGGUGAGGUCUGCAUUGGUGGUAAUACUGAAAGCAGAGGGACAGGCACAGACUGGACCCUGGGGUCACCAAGGCACUUGUGGCACAGGGUGGCAACCAAAGGACCUUGUCUUGAAUUUUCUUGCCAGCAUCAUGGUGCCUCCUCUCUGCCCCCUUUUCCAGGGUAUCUGUGGGUUGCCCAGCCUGGGGAGGGCAACCAUAGCCACAGCCACAGGAUUUCCUGAAAGUUUACAUUGCAGUAGCAUUUCGGGGUGUAUGGGGCAGCUCCCCCAGGCCCUGCACCCCAGCCCCAACCACUCAUGACUCUGUUUGUUGUAUUAAUAUUUAUUUAUUUGGAGAUGUUAUUUAUUAGAUUAUAUUUAUUGCAAAUUUUCUAUUCUUGUAUUAACAAAUAAAAUGCUUGCCCCAGAAGCAUCUCUGCUUGGCACUGCC